AUGAGAGCUGUGACGAGAAAUAAAAUUGUCAAUAACCUCUACUUUUCUACGUUUCUUAUUGCAUUUGCAUCAGUGGCCAUUGGAUCUGUAUUGCCAUGUCCCGCACAUUCCGUAGAUUCUGAUUCACCGGCUGUGCAGCAACAUAAGCUUCAGCUUGCUCAUGAGCAGGAGUUAAAGAGGAAAGAUGCCCCAAAAAAGGGCAUUUAG